AUUCGACGGAUUUAACUUCUUAUUUGCACGAGAGGAUUUAAGGCCGGAUUCGGUGAAUGGUAAAUCUUUUAACUGCCUUAAAUCAUGACUUGUAUAGCCAAACAGUCACACAUGAUUUAACUGGAUUUAUCAUGAAUGUUACCAAACAGUUUUCAGGAUUUAUCCCUCUAGGAUUUCGUAAAUCCGGAUUUGGAGGAUUUACGAAAUCCUACUUGAAUGAAAUCCUAGAUUCUACCAAACAGCCCCAAUCCUUUAUUCAAUGAGAGAUAUUCAAACCGCCGAUUAUCCCGCACUGGUUCCCUCCAAAAUUAACAACCCCGAAGUCGCCGGAGCUGCUCCUUCCCUCCACCGUCAGCCACCGCAGACAGCUCCUUCGCUUCGUUGCCAAUCCGUUGAACCCUUGUUUGUAAUGGAUUCAAACGCCAAAAACUAAUUGCAGUCUAUUUCUGAAUUCUCCUUCCACGUAUCUCUCUACACCACAAAUUCCAUGGCGCCCCGAAAAUAGAACAAUGUUGAGCGGCCAAUUACCCAUUGAAUCACCACCGUAUGUUCUUCCGCGGUAGAGCGGACGACCGCUCAAGAAUCACGAUCAUCUAACCACCGUCGGCCGCAGCCGCCAUGGUCCGCCGCGCCUCCCCUAUCUCCUCCGCCUCCGCUGCAUCGGAAUCAGAGGCCUCCGUCUCCUCUGGCAACAGCGAGAUCGAGUGGCCCUUCGGUGCCCGUCUCGGCACGCUCCGCCGCACCGAGCUCCGGGAAACGGCCUAUGAGAUCUUCUUCAUGUCCUGCCGCUCCUCUACCGGCGGCGGCGGUAGUGGAGGAAGCAGGGGAAGCGUCGCGAUCAUCGGUAGUGGCGGGGAGAUGGUGGAGGUCUUGCCGUCUCAACAGCCGGCGGCGGUUGUCGGACCCAAAGGCGGAACGGGGAUGAUGGUGGUGACGAGCAGGGUAAAGAAAACCCUAGGGCUAAAAGCUCGCCGACCGCCUCCUAUGCGAACGAUGAAUCCAAUGGGGCUGACAUCGGUGGCGACUGGAAACCCUUCCGCCGUACCCAAUUCCCCUGGCCGGAACGCUGUGCCGAGCUCCCCCAGUAGGAUCAAGAGACCGAUGACCUCCGCCGAGGUUAUGCGGCGGCAGCUUCGCAUUACGGAUCAGAGCGAGAGCCGAUUAAGAAAAAUCUUGAUGAGAAACUUCAUUGGACAGAGUGGAAGAAAAGCAGAGACCAUCAUCCUACCCCUUGAACUACUCCGCCACCUGAAGCCCUCGGAGUUCAGCGACAGCCAAGACUAUCACCAAUGGCAACGACGCCAACUAAAGAUUCUGGAACUCGGCCUUCUCCUCCACCCCUCUCUCCCCCUCGACCGCCUCAAUGCCGCUGCUCUCCGAUUGCGGGAAAUACUACGACUAAGUGAAACCAAGCCCAUUGACACCAGCAAGAACUCCGAAGCCAUGCGCAGCCUUACCAGCGCCGUCACUGCCCUUGCUUCGCGCAGCUCCACUUCUUCCUCCACCGAAAGCUGCCAUUGGGCCGACGGAUUCCCCCUCAACGUACAUCUCUACCUCGCCCUCCUCCAAUCCAUAUUCGACCUGCGAGAAGAGACCGUCGUCCUCGAUGAAGUCGACGAGCUCCUCGAAUUAAUGAAGAAAACAUGGUCUACCCUCGGCAUCGAUAGAAGGAUUCAUAACUUAUGCUUCACUUGGAUUCUAUUCCAGCAAUACGUCACCACCGGCCAAGCCGAGCCGGACCUGAUUAAAGCGACGCUCAAUAUGCUUGUACAGGUCGCCAAUGACGCCAAGUUCACAGAGCAUGAGCUCAGCUAUGUCAAAGUCCUCUCCGGCGUACUUGCGUCGAUGCAAGGGUGGGCAGAGAAGCGGCUGUUAGAUUACCAUGAGAAAUUCGACAAGGGAACAACUGGAAACAUGGAAACCAUCCUCUGCCUCGCGCUCUCCACCACCAAAAUCAUCGUCGAGGAUCUCUCCGGCAUGGCCAUCGCCACGCCAAGUCUUGUUGAGCGGGAACCUCCCGGCAGCUCCGCCGCCAGUAGGGUGGAAUUCUACAUUCAUAAAUCCCUCCGCAACGCCUUCACCAAGGCGUUCGAGACAGGUCACGGGCAUGUGGAUAGCAUGAUCGUGGAAGUAGAUGAGGAUCCCGGUGACAUUUUAAUCCAGCUGGCUAAAGACACGGAGACCCUUGCAGCCACGGAGAAGGAGAUAUUUAGCCCGGUGCUCCGGCAGUGGUGUCCGGCGGCGGCGGGGUUGGCAAUACUGACGCUUUAUAACUGCUUUGGCGUCGUGCUGAAGCAGUAUUUGGCUAAGGUGAAUAGUCUCAGUAAUGGGCUUGUGCGUGUGCUGCACUGCGCGGGGAGGUUGGAGAAGCUGCUCAAGCAGAUGGUGGCGGAUGAUGCCGCUGAUAGGGACGACGGUGGGAGGAGUUUGGUUGACGAGAUGGUGCCUUAUGAGGUCGACGCCAUUGCUGCUGGACUUCUCAAGGCUUGGAUGGACGAGCGGCUGAGAAUUGGGAGGGAGUGUCUCAACCGUGCUAAGGAAAUUGAGAAUUGGAUGCCAAAGUCCAAGAGAGAGCCAGUCGCACAAUCGGCAGUGGAUUUGAUAAAGCUGGCGAAGGUGACAGUGGACGAAUUUUUUGAGAUCCCGAUGACGACGAGGGAUGAAAUGGUACAAGACCUAGCGGACGGGUUGGAAUCCAUCUUCCAGGAGUACACAUAUUUUGUCACUUCUUGUGGGAGUCGACAAAGCUACCUGCCGCUACUGCCGCCAUUGACGCGCUGCAACCAAGACUCCCGUUUUGCAAAACUAUGGAAGAAAGCCACGCCGUGCACACCCGGCGCAGAUAUGAAGCUCCUCGGCAUGGGCGCCGGAGGCCCGACUCCGGUUGCAGCUGGCGGUACACCGGCCGGUGAGACGCACCAUCCCCGGCCAUCAACUAGCCGCGGCACCCAGCGGCUAUACAUUCGGAUCAACACCCUCCAUUACCUCUACUCCCACAUCCAUUCCCUCGAUAAAUCCCUCACCUUCUUCUCACGCGGCGGCAACCCCGCGCAUCCCGGCCCUUCCCCGAACCUCCACCACCACCAGAAACUACGCCCUAACCGCCGCCUCACUCCCGCCGCCCACUUCGACCUAAUCCGCGCCUCAAUCCAAGCCGCAAUACUCCACGUUUCCGAGGUCGCCGCCUACCGCCUCGUCUUCCUCGACUCCGCCCACUCCUACCACAGCCUCUAUGUCGGCGGUGUUGCUGGUUCGAGAAUCCGGCCGUCUUUGAGGAUUCUUAAGCGGAAUCUGAAUAUGCUGCUCACGGUGUUGACCGACCGGGCGCAGCCGGUGGCGGUGAAGGAGGUGAUGCGGGCCUCAUUCGAGAUGUUCCUGAUGGUGCUUCUAGCCGGAGGGACAGAGAGGGUUUUUGUCAGAACAGAUUACGAGAUGGUGAUGGAUGAUUUCAGGAACAUGAAGAGGGUUUUCUGUGCCUCCGGCGAGGGGAUGGCGGCGGUCCUGGCGGACGAGGUGGUGGAUAGGGCGGCGGAGGUUGUAGAAGGGGUAAUUGGGCUUAUGAGCUUGCCGACGGAACGACUUAUUGAAGACUUUACAAUUGCCGCUUGUGAGUCCGGUGUCGCCGGCGGAAUUGCGGAAUGGCAGAGGAUUUCGAUGCCGCCGACCACCGGGAGGUGGAGCCGAUCGGAUCCGAACACCGUGCUUAGAGUGCUCUGUCAUCGGAACGAUGACACGGCGAAUAAUUUCUUGAAGAGGGCUUUCCAGUUGCCUAAGAGGAAAUAAGAAUUACCUAUUUAUUUAUAUAUUUAUUUUGGAUGAUGAAGAUUAGGCGUUUUAACUUUUGACCGUUAAAAUAUGCACAAGAAACAGAAUAAUUAAUCACUAAAUUUAAUUAAAAAUGUUAAGAGUAAUGGUUAUUUUGAUCAAAUUGUUUCACAUUAUGGAACCAUUUG